UCGCACCGAGAGGACCAUGACUUUCGGCGAGUUGUAUAGUUGACAGUGUUUCGCGAGGCAACUACAUUUUAGUAAAGCAAACCGAGCGUAGCUAAACAUGCGUGCAAAGGAUUACAUCACUAUCCUGUCACAUAAAGAUGGUGACGACAAGUUGUAACAAGAGCUGUCUGUUGAAUCGACCGCGCUAAAUAUUAGCCAUUCUUAUGACGCAUUAAGCUUUAGAACAGCUUAACACACGGAUCAAAUACGAUCGCUGCUUUGCCCGAAAAGUCUAAGAUAAUCUGCGCGAUGUCUUCACCAGCUCCUCUGUCAGAGCCACAGACGACCAAGCAGAGUGAGCCUGUAUACAGACGACGAUUAGUGAUCGGCGUCAUUGUUUUCUUAGUCGGGGCUAAUGUAGUCCUGAUCGCUGGUGUCAUCUUCAUGCAAGAAGAAAUCAGGAAUUUGAGAGGCACAGUCGAAGAACUGAAGCCAUUACAAGAUGACGUCACGGACGUUGAUAACCAAGCACGCGUGUCCACGCCUGCUCAACGGGGAAAGAUGGCCAAAGGAAGACACGUACGGCUCUCGAGAACUGCAAGAGGUCAGUGUGAGCCAAUCAGGAUCCCAAUGUGUAAAAACAUGCCGUAUAGCUCAGUACAGUUUCCAAACCUCAUGAAUCACCAGACCCAAGACGAAGCUAUGUCGGUCGCUAGCAAGCUUGCUCCACUUGUUAAGGUUGGAUGCUCUUCUUCUAUGGAACCUUUUCUGUGCUCCGUUUUGGCACCUCCCUGUAACGGGACUCAGAAGCCCAUUCCUCCGUGUAAGGGGCUUUGUAAGAGCGCAACAAAGAGCUGUAAGGAACUACUAAAGAAGUUCGACAUCAUGUCAGAUCAGGCCAUGAUGAGAUGCAAGCAUUUGCCAAAAGAGGGAGUCUCCAACUGUUUCAAUGGAUCGUGGCAGGAAGUAAAGAACACACCUCGCCCAGCAACGGGAUGCCGACCAAUGGCGCACCAGUGCAAUAGAUAUUCUGCACCACCCUGGUUGAGUCAGUUCCCAAACUACUUCGGUCACACGAAUGACAAAGAAGCCUCGGUUAGCUUCCAGAGGUUUGACGAGAUCUUUCAGAUGGCUCCUAAAAAAUGCUCGUCUCUUUUGGCAAGCUUCCUCUGUGGACUUUACGCACCCUCCUGUCGAGGUACCGAGCGUCUCCUCAAACCCUGCAGAGAGCUCUGUCUUGAGGCAAAAUCACAAUGCAAGCGAGUAAUUAGAGAUGUUAGUAAAACAAAGGGGUUUCAAUGGCCAUCGGAUCUGAAAUGCAGGAACUUUCCGAGAGAAGAUGAAGAACCUUGCUACAACGGACAGUCAGCUGGGGGAGACUCUACGACGCCACAAACAGGCAAAUGUGAGGUUAUUUCAAUCCCCAUAUGCAAGAAUGUUCCGUAUAACAUGACGGUGUUUCCAAACUAUUUCCGACACAAGACUCAGGAAGAGGCUGCGCUCGAAGUUCAUCAGUUCUUCCCGCUGGUCCGAGUCAACUGUUCAGUGGACUUGGCCUUCUUUCUGUGCUCGCUUUACGCUCCUCUCUGCUCGUCUCUAGACGUGCCGCCACUGCCAUGCAGAGAGCUUUGUCUUCGAGUUCAACGUGGGUGCCUUCCUUUAUUACAGCAAUAUGGUUAUCAGUGGCCAGACAACAUGGCAUGCGAUAGAUUUCCCUGGGGAGGGGGUCAGGAUGUGUGUAUCGACAGACCUAAUGCCGUUGACGUCACCACUCCACCUCCACUUCCGACAAAGGCCGGAAAAUGUGAACCUCUGAAUCUAUCUACAUGCAGUGGUUUGCAUUACAGUACCACCUGGGUUCCCAACUACUUUCAGCACCAAACGCAAGAUCAAGCUGCCCUUGAAAUACGCAGGUACAAUCCAAUCAUUCAAACCAAUUGCUCAGCAGAGUUGACCCUCUUCCUCUGUUCUCUGUACGCACCAAAUUGCAUUCCUUAUGCGCACAACGUACCCUGCAAAGAGCUCUGUAGUCGCGUCAAAAAACAGUGUGUUCCUAGAAUGCGGGAGCUUGGGAUCAAAUGGCCGGUGUCUUGUUCUAAGUUCCGGCGGGAAGCCGACGAACCUGGCUGUAUUGGUGGACCCCCCACACCUUCGGUUACCAAGGCGACUCCUUCGAAAGACGGAAGAUGUAAACCCCUGACCAUUCUUAUGUGUCGUGGUCUACACUACAAUAUGACGCUGUUUCCCAACUUCUUCAAUCAAACACAAGCAGAGGCAUCCUCUGAGAUUGUACAGUUUUCUCCUCUUGUACGUUACGGCUGUUCCACCGAGCUGCCCCUUUUGCUGUGUUUUCUAUACGCCCCUCCCUGCAAUGUACCUCGCCUGCCAUGCAGAGAGCUUUGCAAUCGAGUCAAGAAUAGCUGCCUCCCUGUCUUAACGGAAUUCGGUAUCCCGUGGCCGACGAGCAUAGCUUGUGACAAAUUCCCCUCUGCCAGACAAGGAACUGAGUGCAUUGGAGCAUAACGUUCUGUUCCAUCUACUGCAAACCCAACUACUCGACCUCUUAAACGAUAAAUUAUGUUUUUAGUGUCGGAGUUAUACUAUGAUUACAUUAAAGAGGUUAAUAUG